CCACAUGGGCUCAGAAAAGCGUACAGUGGCAGCAUUGAACGCUUCUCCGACUUUGAGGUGGAGUUCAACCACAAGUACUUCCCAGCUGAGGCGUGGGAUCGUCUAGAGGCUAAGUUCUUGUACCUGGUUCAGGGACGCAGGACAGUAAGGGAGUAUGAAGAGGAAUUCAACCGUCUCUGGCGUUAUGUGGGUAAGGAGUUAGAGGACGAGUCAGUACAGGAGGCUAAGCUGAAAACCCGAAGUCACACGGCUCCUAGUGGUGGUAGCAAUGACCGCAAGAGGAAGAGGGACCAGGCUGAGGAAGGUAAACCUUCAAGUGGUAGGCCUGAGUGUCCCAAGUGCGGCAGACAUCAUGGUGGUGAAUGCUGGAGAGCAAUGGGAGCCUGUCUCCGAUGUGGCAAGAUGGAUCACUCAGCUCGUGACUGUCCUAGACAGGAGCAAGGGGCUAGUGGUGAUACAUGGACAUGCCACUACUGUGGAAAGAAGGGACAUCUCCUAAAGGAUUGUCCUAAGCUGUCAUCCGGGCCAAGCAAGAGCCGAGGAGAGGUUAGCAGGCCGGAUCAGAACCGCGGACAGACUUCAGCACCGCACAUCUAUGAGUUGUCCAAGGAUGAGGACAGGACCGGGCCAUUCCAAGCGAUCACUGGGAUGCUCGGAAAGGGGUUGUUCCAGUUGGGAACGGGGGAUUGUCCUGAGGUAGUGAACGCGGCCGGUGGGCAAGUUAUGAGGUCACUAGGAGUGAUUCGGGACAUCCCAGUGGUGAUCCAAGACAGGGUCAUGCCUGUGGAUCUUGUGGUAGUCCACCUAAAGAAUCACGAGGUGAUAUUAGGUAUGGACUAG